UAUUAAAUGACAGCUGAGGGCAGUUUAAUUGAGCAAAGAGCCGAAGCUCAAGCCCCACAAGUACAACUAGGUGAGUAUGAAACUAAUAUCAGUUGUAUUGGGUCCAGACAGAGGAAGAGUGUGGACGCGUGGCGGCUGUCAUGUCUGAGCGGAGGAGGGUGCUGGAAGCGGCCUGCCAGCAGUUCCAGACCCAACAUGGCCGCCCGCUCAUCCCCAACCUCUCACCCGUCUACUACAACCUCUUCUCCCUCCCAGACUACAACAUCGUCUGGUGCCCCAUAUUUAAGUCAGCAUCAACAACUUGGGUGAAGAACUUGCUGCUGCUGGCGGGCCAGGAAGAGGUAGAGGGAAGCCUCCACGCCCGCGCCCGCCAGAUUUAUACCUUGACAAAGAACCCCAAGGAACGACAAGGCAUAUUGUCCAAGGCCAGGAAGAUGAUCAUAGUGAGACACCCACUGGACCGUCUUCUCUCCGCCUACAGAGACAAAAUGCUGAGGUUCAGGUCCUACAACGGACCCCACGAGAAGCUCCAGCGGGCGAUAUCCACAAAGUAUCUGGACCCCAACCCAGCUAGGAAGGACUCCAAGAUCAGCAGUGGGUCACAAGCACACAAGAAGGAUCACGUCUUUCCUUCCUUCUCACAAUUUCUCAUGAAGGUCAAAGACGAUGCUCAGAACGCAUGGGACAACAACGGGAAGCCGCCAGUAAACAUGCACUGGAGACCAUACUGGCAGGCGUGUGCUCCGUGUCAACUGCACUACGACCUCAUCGCCCAGGUGGAGACAUUCACCAGGGACCAGGAGUACCUCAUCCAACACCUGGGCCUCCGGGGACUCAUCAACAUGCACACUCACGCCUCAAACUUUGACAUGUAUAACAAGACGAGCGAGGCUACCCACCAUUACUUCAGCCAAGUGCCUCUUUCUCUGCUCCAAGAUGUGGUUAAACUCUAUCAACCAGACUUCGCACUCUUUGGAUACUCGCCGCAGCCAUACUACGACAUCGCCAGAGCAGAUUAACACUACUUCCUCAAUAAAACGAGACAAUUCUAAUAUUGAUUAAUUUAUUUAUAAUAAAAAAAUCUGUGUUAGCUCUGCCGUUGCACAAAGAUGCUGCUCUUCCCUGGGCCUCAUCUUUAAAUCUGUAUAAUAAUAAAUUCACACAUUCAGAUUUUUAUUUAAUUGAAA